AUGAGAACUGCAUACCGAACAGUAUCCUUUAGGGCCCUGCUGGAUAAUUAUAAGGCGGAGGUUGGCGUGAGCGAACAGGAAACGCCGAACGAAAAGCAGGAACAGGAGAUCUUCCUCAACAGUCUCAUGAAGAGUCCCAUAAUCAAGGAAGUGCACAAGUAUCUGGUUUCCAUCCGCCUCGCGCCACGUACCCCGAGAGAUUUCAAAGAACUCCUCAGGAAAUUGUGGUUUACGCCAUACAGGCGCGGCAGACCAAACGACUCCUCGGCAUUUGAGCACGUUUUUGUGGGCGAGAUAAAAAACGGCAAGGUAUCUGGUUUCCAUAAUUGGAUUACGUUCUGCGAUCAAGAGGCCAAAGGAGAGAUCGACUAUCAUGGCUUCUAUCGCGCGCACAACCACGAACCAGCAUAUAAGCGUUCGCUCAGAUUUACCUGGAAAAACCGCGAAAAACCAUUGAGCACCCUGUUAUUUGGCGCCUCCGUGGACUUCGAAAUUAGUCUAUACACGACUAUCUACUUGAUUUCCAAACGCGAAUUUGGCAGUAUGCGCAGCUGGCCCGACGUCCAAGUUAGCAUUGGUCGAGACAAGAUUCGCGUCCAGUGUCAUGACUUCAGAGGCCACAUUGGUUCCUGUUAUAUCAAGUAA